AUGUGACAGAAGUAUGAAAUCUACGCUGCUGAUUGAGCCUUGGUCGCAGGGGUUCCCGAAUUUCCCGGGUGCGUGAUUCUCACGCGCGUCUUCUCGUCUACACGAGACGGACAAUCCGCGACGGACGUUACCGUCGAGGAAGCGAAGUUGAUAAAGCGUAACUCACGAGCGAAAAAGUUUUAUUUUGAUAAGAACGACUUUACGCGAGGAACGCGCCAGGCGCUCAGUGAGCACAGAGUCCAGCCGGGGAAACAUUAUUUUCGACGUCGAAGCCGGAGCUUCAAGAUGGGCGUCCCAAAAUUCUUCAGAUACAUAAGCGAGAGAUACCCUUGCCUCAGCGAGGUCGUGAAGGAACAUCAGGUAUUCUAUCAGAAGGGAGAGAGCAAUAGAAUAUACCAGAGUUUGAUUAUUUAUACUUGGACAUGAAUGGUAUCAUACAUACUUGUUCCCAUCCAAACGACGACGUCUGCUUUCGUAUCUCCGAGGAGAUGAUGUUCAAAAAUAUAUUUCAUUACAUAGAAGUACUGUUCAACAUGAUCCACCCACAAAAACUAUUCUUCAUGGCGAUUGACGGUGUUGCGCCUAGAGCCAAAAUUAAUCAGCAGAGGGGUCGGCGUUUCAGAUCUGCCAAGGAUGCUGAAUUGCAGGAGGCAAAAGCUAAGGCCAAGGGUAUCCCGAUACCAAGCGAAAAGAGAUUUGAUUCCAAUUGCAUUACCCCAGGAACACUUUUUAUGGCCAAGCUGGGUGAGCAGAUCAAGCGUUUCAUCGAACACAAGAUUUCCACUGAUGAGGCAUGGAUGAAAUGUAAAGUGCUAUUCAGUGGUUCUGAGGUCCCUGGUGAGGGAGAACAUAAGAUUAUGGAUUACAUAAGGUACAUGAAAGCAAGCGAGGGUUACGACAGCAACUCUAGACACUGUUUAUAUGGUCUGGAUGCUGAUUUAAUAAUGUUAGGUCUCUGUUCGCAUGAACCAAAUUUCUCUCUUUUGAGAGAAGAAGUCAAGUUCGGUAAACAGCAAGUGAAGACCACCCCUGAGGAGACAAAGUUCUGUCUUCUUCACUUGUCACUUUUACGAGAGUAUAUAGAGCAUGAGUUCUCGCCAAUCAAAGAUAAGCUGUCCUUUUCAUUUGAUAUUGAGAAAAUAAUCGACGACUGGGUUUUGAUGGGAUUUCUGGUAGGAAACGAUUUUAUUCCCCAUCUGCCAUAUUUACAUAUUGCUAACGGUGCACUGCCAAUUCUGUACCGUGCAUAUAUGGAAGUAUUACCGACGCUAGAAGGUUACAUAAAUGAAUCGGGAACAUUAAAGCUCGAUCGUUUUGAAAAGUUUAUGGAGAAACUUAGUCGUUUAGAUGUAGAACAGUUUAAUGAGCAUUAUGCUGAUAUAAAAUUUUUUGAAAGUAAGACCGGUAGAAAACCUAAUGAAACUGAACGUCACGUAUAUAAAAAAUUAGAAGAUGGUUUGGAGACUUCGUCUCCAAAGAAAACGCAAAACAAAGAUUUAGAUGCUCUUAUUAAAAGUACUACAGAAAUGUCUUUAGGUAAUUUUGACGAUGACGAUGAUGUCUUUAUAGAAUAUAGGGAUAACAUGGAUGUAAUAAUAGAUGAUGAAUCUGAUAGUGAUAUAUAUAACAUGGAAUUUGUACAACAUAAGAAAGAUUACUAUAUGAACAAGUUAGAAUAUGAAAAUGUUGACGAGGUGGUUUUACGCUCACAGGCUGAAGGCUAUGUGAGAGCAAUACAGUGGAAUUUGCAUUAUUAUUAUCAUGGCUGUUGCAGCUGGUCAUGGUAUUAUCCACAUCACUACGCACCAUACAUUUCAGAUAUAAAAGAUUUCAAAGAUUUAAAGUUAGAGUUCGAGUUAGGAGAGCCAUUUCUACCUUUUCAACAAUUGCUAGCUGUCUUACCAGCAUAUAGCAAAGAUCUGUUACCAGAGGCAUUUCAAUCGCUAUUGACAGAGGAAUCUUCUCCUAUUAUUGAAUAUUAUCCGCAUGAUUUUAAAACUGAUCUAAAUGGAAAACGACAAGAAUGGGAAGCGGUCGUACUUAUCCCAUUCAUUGAUGAAAAACUGUUAUUGUCUGCUAUGCAGCCACACUUACCAAGAUUAACAAUGGAAGAGCAAGCAAGAAACAAAUAUGGACCGAUGUGUCUGUAUUCGUAUACCGACGAAGUCGGAAGUGUUCACAAGGCAACAUUAUACUUUCCAGAAUUUACCAGCCAUGCUCAAGUAAAAUUAAUGAAUCGCGAUGACAUUUUCGUUCCAAGGGAACGAUUAGUCAGAGGAUUGUCUCUUGGUUUUGAUCUCAAACUUUAUUAUCCAGGAUUUCCUAUACUGCGACACUUGGAUCAUAAGGCACAUUUGGAAAAAGCAAAGGUCAAGGUAUUUCAACAACCUUCGGUUGGAGAUAAUAUGAUUCUAAGUCUAAUAUUGAAGCCGACACCAAAUGUGGCAAGUUUAGCGUCGGAACUAUUAGGAAGGAGUGUGUAUGUGGAAUGGCCUCAUUUGAAGGAAGCCCUUGUGAUUGGCGUGGCUAGCUGUAAUGUGAAGCUCAGUUUAAUUAAUCCGUUAGAUGGUUACAGUCAGGAUAAUUUGAAAUCGGAAGAUGUAAAGGGCGCGUUAUCUGCGGAAUGGAAUGCACACAGCAGACAAAUCAAAGAAAUACAUAUGUCACGUCUUGGGAUAGAUAUUGGUGAUACAGAGAUAUUGCUUUACACUCGCUCAUUCUUGGGUAACAAAUAUGUUUUUGAUGCUCAGGGAAAGGUAUCGGUAGAAAAACAGUGGAAUGUUUACUCUGCGGUUUACGCUUAUCAAACUGUAGUCAGAGAUAUCUCUGUCUACAGUAAGGAAUUGCCAGUUUUUGAAACUAUGCAUGAUAUUUUUAUACCGACGACCUUUUGUUUUAUGUUGGGACAUCCUUAUUAUGGUGCGAUGGGAGAGGUUAUGCAAAAUAAGGAUAGUUCAAAGUCACGUAGAAUCAAAAUUUCUAUAAAAAACGUAAAAGGGCCAACGUUCGAGAUCGUCAAGCAAGCCUACACACAUCAAAAAACGCGAUAUAUGCACGGUAGUAUCGCCGCACAACGUCUUGGAAUAAGUAGUCAUCUAUUGAGUAGGAUCACUGGAACAAUUUAUGUUAUACAACCAUCAAAGGAUGAAUUUUCGAAAUAUAAUCUCGGAUUGAACUUAAAAUUUAAUAAAAAGAACGAAGAGGUUCCUGGUUAUACCAGAAAGGACAAUAGUCAAUGGUUAUAUAGUCAAAAAGCGGUCGAACUGAUUCGAAAUUACAUGAUAAAAUGUCCUAACUUGUUUGAACGCUUAGCUCAGAAUGUAACGAAUGACAUUUUCCAAGAGGAAGAGCUGUUUGACAAGGGAUCGGACGAGCUGAAGGAAACAGUUGCUUGGUUGAAGACAGAAUUACAUGAUUUAGAGAGUCGUCCUUGCGGGAUGGACGUCGUUGAGGCGGAUUUGAUAAAACAGAUCGAAGAGGAAGUAGAAACGUAUCUGAAGACCGAAGAGACUAAGGCGAAAACGGUCUUUAUGCAAGUGAAACCGCAGCUACUUUACAAGCCAGGUUUACACUUACGUAACGUGCCGCCCGAUCCGAAUUCUCAGAAUCGUUUGUUCGAUAGAAUUUGCAGUGUCAGAAGCGGAUUUACCGUACCGCUCGGAGCCAAAGGCACUAUCAUUGGAAUACGAAAAGCGAAUAAUCCACUUGAUAUGAUGUAUGACGUUUUGUUCGAUAAGCCUUUCAUGGGCGGACUUACAUUAAACGGAUGCUCUCCGUUCCGCGGUUAUCGUUUGGCACCUACGGAUUUUAUUAAUAUCAGCUUCGGCGAGAGAACGGAACAGGGAAAUCCCGCGAACGAGUCAAUGGAAUGUCGGAAGCAAACUGUGAACUCUGCUUCCCCCAUCAAGCGAAAUGAUCAAUCAUCGAAGGCAUAUCCGCAGAUGCAGCUCGCCAAGAAAGGUCUCGAAAAAUUGAAUCGUGAUAUUUGUUUGAGUAUGGCGCAACACGGUAUGGAAUUGAGUCCAAAAACAAUACCAUACAAAAUGUUGCCCCAGAAUCCCCAAAAUGCGCCGCCUAAUCAAGCGUCCGAGUUUCAAGCGCUAUGGAACGAAUUACAUAAGAUACAGAAGCCAAGCGGACCGCCGGAGAAAGCGUCUAAUCCAGCGCAGGUGGCGAAAGUAAAACCAGUUAACAGUCACAGUAAUAAUAUGCAAUCGCCACAGGAUCCUAGUGCGUUUCUGAAAGCUAUGUUGAAGAUUCCCGACUUAAAUACGCAAACGAGUAAAGAAGAAAAUAAACCAUCUGCAUCACAACCCAUGGCAAUGCCUCAAAAAGCGACAGUCCCUCAGAAAGAUCAAAAUACUCCACCUUUGGUACAACAAUUAUUCGAUCGUGCCCGACAAACUGAACAGAAAAAGGAGAAAGCAAAUCCCGUCUGGUAUAGCUCACAAUUGUUGAGACAUUUUUCGUAUAAUGGAGCCGGCGUACCGAAAUAUAAUUACACUGUCGACGAAAAAACGGGUUUAAUUAGUGCCCAUGUUAUGCUGGACAACACGAAGGUCUUUAAGGGCGAUCCCAGCACUACUCACGAGCAAGCUGCGGAAAGCGCCGCGAAAAAAGCAUAUAAGGCGUUAAAUUUGAAUAAGGUGCCAAUGCACGAUACAAAAAUAGUGACGGCACCGCCGUGGUUUAACACUCAAAAUAAUUGGAUCCAAAAUAUUCGGCCUCCUAUGAUGCCUCCUAUGGCCCCUAUGAAAAUACCGCCGAUUCCGCAGACUCUGCCUAUGCAACCGCCUAACUUAUUUUAUCCAAAAUGGAACCCAAAAUUGCCACCGUCAAACCCAGUGUUCGGGCAAGUUGCAUCGUAUAGUCAAGGUAGGCAGCAGCAAGUGAAACAUCAAGGGCCACAGAAAGGACCUUAUAAUGGACCGAAGGUAGAGAUUAAGAAUAGCACUGCGUUUGUUCCGUUACAAGCUCAGAAAAAAAAUAGAAACGCUACUGUGCAACAAGCCUCAAAAGAAAAUUUGAAUGCUAAAAAAAGUUCCAGCCCUAAAGCACAGCAACAGCAUCAACAGCAGCAGCAAAAACAGCAGCAGCAGAAACAAGAGGAAACAUUGCCUAAGAAACAGAAGUCAGAAGUUGUAAAUAAGCCCAGGGAGAAGAUGACGUCGAAUGAACCGCAGCAACAGUCCUCGUCGCAACAAUCGCAGCAGAAUGCGGGGAGAUCAUCCAAGCCCAGAAAAUCGCGCGUCGCCGCGAAAUUCGGUGCACCACCCUUAUCGAAUGGUGGUGAACCUCAGUGAAAAUUCUGCUUUGUCUUUGGUGGGGUAGAUCUUUGCAAAUUAUUUGUAAAUACAAGAUAUAAUUAUACCGAUCCAUCCUUCCCCUCCGUUACACACAUCAUUCGUUUUCUACAUUUUAUAAUAAAAAAUAAGCAGAUUUUUCUGUCCGAAGGUUUUCAACAGGCUAAUGCAGUUUUUUAUUUCAAGGAUUAUAUUGACGUACCUAAAUAGUUUUUCGUACUUACAUAUAAUUGCAUAUCCGUGCACCAAAUAAUAUAUAGAUCCUCUUAAGACAGAUGUAUAUACACGCACUGAAAUUAUAUAUGUAAUGUACAAUGUAAAGAAUAAAUGAUCUGUUUUUCAUAGCUGCACUGAAUUACAUUACUGAACUGAUGCAAUAAGUUGAGGUAAGAUAAGUAUGUUUUUUCUCAUUCUAACUUAUUACGCUAAUUCAGUGGUGCAGUUUAAUGCAGCUAUAAAGAAUGGACCAUGUGUGAGUGAUUAUUUUAUGUCAAAUGAAUAUGUUUAUUUUGUAUUUUUUACAUUUCAUAAUGCGCUGGUGUCAAUUUAUAUUAUAAUAACUUCUUAUCUUCUGAUUCACGAUUUAUCAGGAUAAUUAGUUAUUUAUUCAGAUAUAUCUUGAGACAUAUAUUUAUAUUGCACAAAAAUGAAGUUGACUAAAUCAUGGAGAUUAUGGUAGCUAUAUUAUUGACGUUCCUUUUUUAGUUUAGUUUUUAUUGUAAAAAGAUAUAUCUUGUAUGUAUGUGUGUGUCUGUGCACGACGAUCAAUUUAUACUGUUUUUUAUAUUACUGAUUGAUUGAAACGAAUAUGCUUUAUUUUUUUAAGUUUCAAUUUAGAAUGUAUUAUGUUAUAACAUUUUACUACAGAAGUAGAUUGGUUUUAAAUUAAUAAUACAUUAGAUGAUUUUUAUGAGAUAGUAAUGUACCGAUUUUUACUACAUAUUCGUCGAUUUGCAAAUAGGCAUCUUAAUAAGAAGUAACAUUAUAUGUAAGAUAUUGAGAAAGUGAGAUUAAGUCCGUAAAUAGAAACUUAUAUCUUCAGUGAACAAA